AUGGGUAACGAAGCCCUUCAAAUGAGUCUCCCGCUAGUCCUCUUGACGAUCCUUACACUCUCAGCUUCUUCAGCAACAGCUUCAGCGAGCGAUCGCAGCUACAAUGUAGGAGAUCAUGUUCCCUUUUUCGUCAACAAAGUUGGCCCCUUGAACAACCCCAGUGAGACCUAUCAAUACUAUGAUUUGCCAUUCUGCUGCCCAGAUCCGGUUAUCCAAAAGAAAGAAUCCAUUGGGGAAGUUUUGAAUGGUGAUCGUUUGGCCAACACCUUAUAUCAGUUGAAUUUCAGGCAGGACAAAAAUUGGGAGAGCUUGUGCCAGAAAAAGCUUAAAGUUGCUGAAGUUGCGAAAUUUAGGGAUGCUAUCGUUAAUGAUUUUUACUUCCAGAUGUAUUAUGAUGAUCUUCCAGUGUGGGGUUUCAUUGGGAAAGUUGAAGAUGAGAGUUGGACUAUUAGUGACAAGGGGACCAAGUAUUAUCUAUUCAAACAUGUGCUGUUUGAUGUUUUUUACAAUGGGAACCAAAUAAUAGAAAUACGUGCUUUUAGUGAUCCAAAUCAUGUUGUUGAUAUAACAGAAGAUGUUGAUAUUUACGUUGAGUUCACUUAUUCGGUUAAAUGGAAUGCAACAUCUAUUCAGUUCCAGAACAGGAUGGACAGAUAUUCAAAGGCCUCAAUACUGCCGGUCCGCCUGAAAAUUCAUUGGUUCUCAUUUAUUAACUCCAUUGUCAUCAUUGUGCUUUUGAUGGGAUUGCUUACCUUGCUAAUAAUGCGACGCCUCAAGAAUGACCUGAGAAAGUGCUCUAAUGAUGAAGAAGAAGACAAGGAGGUUGGUUGGAAAUACAUUCACGGUGAUGUUUUCAGAUAUCCAUCCAACAUGCCCCUGUUUUGUGCUGUCUUGGGUGUGGGUACCCAACUGCUCAUCAUGGUCUGCAUCUUAUUUUUUCUGGCAUUUUUUGGAGUCCUCUAUCCCUACAAUCGUGGAGCUCUGUUCACUUCUCUUGUCUUUAUAUGUACUCUUACCUCGAUUGUCGCUGGAUACACUGCUGCUGCUUUCCACACUCAAUUUUCUGUGAUUGGAUGGGAGAGGAGUGUUCUUCUAACAGCAAUUCUCUACCUGGGCCCAUUGUUCGUGACAUCGUCUAUCCUUAAUACAGUUGCUAUAUCUUAUGGGGCAACAGCUGCAAUACCUUUUGGCACCCUCCUAGCAAUUCUUCUUAUAUAUGCAUUUCUUGCCAUCCCAUUGCUUGCCUUGGGUGGGGUGAUUGGAUAUUGUUUAAGGUCUGAAUUUCAAGCACCUUGUGCUACAAAGCAAUUUCCAAGAGAGAUCCAACGAUUAGCUUGGUACAGGAGAACACAUUGUCAAAUGUUUAUCGGUGGUCUAUUGCCGUUUAGUGCAAUUGCCCUUCAGUUACACCACCUGUAUGCAAGCAUGUGGGGCUAUAAAAUUUACACUCUACCUGGAAUUUUGUUUCUUACAUUCAUCAUCCUCAUCAUAAUGACUUCAAUCUUGACUGUCGGUUUGACAUACAUUCAGCUUUCUGUUGAAGACCAUGAAUGGUGGUGGAGGUCAGUGUUGUCUGGGGGUUCAACGGCUAUUUUUAUGUUUGCCUAUAGCAUUUACUUCUAUGCCAGAUCAAACAUGACGGGUUUCAUGCAACUAUCCUUCUUUAUUGGCUAUAAUGCUUGCAUGUGUUAUGCGUUCUUCUUAAUGCUUGGUGCCAUUAGUUUCCGUGUUUCCUUGAUAUUUGUUCGCCAUAUAUACGGUGCUGUUAAAAGUGAAUGA